GAUGAUAUCCAGUACUUCCGUUUGCGAAUCGAUCGUAUAAAAGUACUGCCCGUCGGCUAGAAAUUAUUAUUCGAGUCUUUGUCCUAUUCGCAAACAGAACAUCGAAAAUGAAAUUCAUCGUCCUUGCUUUGGCUUUGGUUGGCUGCGUGGCCGCCGAAUCUGGCUACAACUAUGCCAAUCCUGGCUCCUCAGCUGCCGCCUCGGUUGCGGCUCCAGUGAGAAGCUAUGUGCCCCCAGCAGCAGUUGCCGCCUCGGCUCCAGCUCCAGUCUUCCAUGCCGCUGAGUCCGCACCUGCUCCACAGCGUUCAUACGUGCCACCCGCAGUCCACUCUGCUCCUGCUCCUCAGUACCAUGCUGCUCCAGCUCCUGUUCCUCAGUACCAUGCUGCUCCAGCUCCUGCUCCUCAGUACCACGCUGCCGCCUCUGCUAACGUGCAGUCCUUCGCCGCCGCUGAGUCUGCUCCCGCUCCAGUCAGAUCUUAUGUGCCACCUGCAGCUCCAGUUCGUGCUGCCCCCGCUCCCCAGUACCAUGCCCCAGCUCCUCAGCCUCAGUACCACGCUGCUCCUGCUCCUGCUCCUCAGUACCACGCUGCCGCCUCUGCUAACGUCCAGUCCUUUGCCGCUCCUGCUCCCAGCUUCCAGGCUGCCGAGUCCUUCGACAGUGGUUUCGAGGCUGCCGCUUCCGCUCCCGUCUCCGUCAGCUCAGGCGGUGGCGCUGGUGCCGGUGGCUACAAGUACAGGACUGUGCGUCGUCGCGUCCACAAGAACCGUGCCUAAGCGUUGAAUUGAAUUCAAUUAAGAAAGCCAAGCAAUAAACAGAGUUAAAUCCGAUUUCAAAUGUCUAAUU